AUGGCAGAGGAGCAGCCAUCACAGGUCGCUGUCGAACCUGUGGAUAAGCCACUGGCUUUGAUCCCCGUCGUGAUCAAAGAAGCAGCCCUCGAUUCGCCCACCUUUCGCGCGACCGCCGUCCACUUUGGCGACCAGAUCGAGCUCAUCGAGCGAUGGCUGACUUCGUUCAUACAAGCGGCCUCACGCCUCGCAGCGGAGACGAACAACAUGCAGUCACUCGUCGACACGUACAUAUCGGCGUCGCACCCACCACUGCAGCUUUCAGAAGCGGUGCUCGACCACGACUACACCGUCUUGGCUUUGAAGCGUUUUGGAGAAGGGGCACGCGAGUUCUGGAACAGCACACUGCGAAGUCUACGGAGAACAGAGACGACUGUUUGCGAGCCCAUAAGGAAUUUUCUGCAAACGGACCUGCGUAUGUUAAAAGAGGCACGCAAAAAUCUCGACUCUUCACAGCGAAUAUUCGAUGGCGCCAUUGCGCGCUACGCCGGCCAGGUCAAGAGCAAGGAGGCAUCGUCCCUGAGGGAGGAUGCCUUUCAACUCCAUGAGGCGAGACGGGCCUACCUCACAGCGAGCAUGAACUUCUGCAUAAUGGCCCCACAAGUGCGGCUGACGCUGGACAAAAUCCUGGUCAAGGUCGUGAACGAGCAGUGGCGCGAUAUGAAGGGUGCUACCGACGCCUCCGCCAAGGGCUUCUCCAUGUGGACCUUCGAUGUCGAGCGCGUCCGAGGCUGGAGCAAGGAGAUGGAGAAUGGCGAGCGUCUCUUCAAGCGCGAAUUGCACCUGGCGCGAAAGCAGAUUGAGGACGCCGCUGAACUCAGCGCCCGCCCUUCACGAGAACUAGAUACAUACGCCGCCUCCACUGUUCCUUACUUGGGCACGGCUCCGUCAUCAGCCAACGUCCAGUCUCCUGUCAAGACAGAUGUUGGGAAUGAGAAAGCAGAGAAGCAGGGCUGGCUAUUCCAGCGCACAAUUACAGGUAAACCCGCCCGGACAUAUUGGGUCAGGAGAUGGUUCUUUGUCAAAAACGGUAUAUUUGGCUGGCUCACACAAGGCACUCGAUCUGGUGCUGUUGAGGAGUCUGAGAAGAUUGGAGUCCUGUUAUGUGGUAUACGUCCCGCUUUUGCAGAGGAACGCCGAUUCUGUUUUGAGGUCAAAACCAAGGACACUACCAUCCUGCUUCAAGCCGAGACCCAGGGUGACCUCACUGAAUGGAUAUCCUCCUUCGAAGUGGCUAAGCGUAAGGCUCUAGAAGACACUUCCAAGGAUACGUCGGGCAGCAAUUCAGGCGAUGCUGCCUUCUCUAUCAGUCCUCCAGUUGCACCUGAGUUCGCUGCGAAGACUUCUGAAGGUCACGCUGCGCAUCCGAGCGAUGACCUUGGUGGCAUUGAUCGCGUCGAAACAUCGCUUGGUAUACCUGGAGGUGAUGGGCUAGCAGGGCGAGGCAGUGUCGACGUUAUCCGAAAAAAUACUGCCAUGGAGGGUGAGAGCGGUCGACGUGAUCAUACCACCAGAAUCAUGGAGAAGCUCGAUCUGACGCGCAAGUCUACCGUAGGACCUCAGCUAAGCGGGAGCAAUCCCUCCUCUGCCACCGGUGGCAUUGCCAGUCUCAUCUCUGCCAGUCUCGCUUCGGCUAGCCACAGCAUUGUACAAGUUGGGCAGGUCAUGGCACCUGCUCCUGGGCUUCCUGAUACACGUCUUGUAAUGGGACAAACAUUGCCUUUCACAACGCUCGCUCCUUCCACGCUGGCAAACCCGCCCGCACCGACUAAUCUUAGUAAAGCCGCCGUUGCUGUGAGUGGAGAGCGCGGUUUGGGAAUAGGUCGUGCUGGGAAUAUGCCUGGUGGACUUACAGCCAACCUGUGGGGAUCUGUCAAUUGGGGUUAUGUGAACCGUUUGCUACGAGAAGACGAGUCGACCACUCGCGACCGUAGUCAAUCUGGUCCACCGAGUCCAGUAAAGGCUUCACCAGCCGUGCAGCCUGUCAACGAUGAUACAAGCGCCUUACCUGCUAUACCAUCUACGCCAGCAGGACCAGGUCAUCGUAAAAGUACGAGUAUGGGUGGUCCGGCUCCAUCGCCAAACAAAAAUACUGCAACGGGUGAAGAAUUUCCCAAUCACUAUCCACUUGCCUUGCGUAUGCAGGACGCACAAUUCCGCAUUCUCUUUCCUACCGUGCCACGGUCUGAGAAAGUUGUUAUGGUUUUCCGUGCCGUGUGGAAUCCAACGGAACAACAGGAGUUCCCUGGCCGAGUAUACGUCACGUCAAAUGAUAUAUACUUUUACAGCAACCACCUCGGUCUUGUUCUAAUCACAGGUCUCAUCAUGUCUUCGAUCGAUGAGGUCACCGCCGCACCCGGAAAGGACUGCGACUUCCUCUUUCUACACUUCAAGACCGGCUCGAGAGAAGACGGCGCAACACGAAUCACCAUCAAAACCUUCUUGGAGCCUUUGAAACUGCUUCUUAGACGACUGAACUUUUUGGUGAAGAAUGCUGCGACAGGAGAUCACAAUCUUGAGGAGACGAUGAAGAGGCUGAUAAAAUUCGAGACGGAUGACGGUCAACAAAUGGCAGGCGAAGAUGGCUGGGAUCAUAUGUCCCCAGAGAAUCCUGUCGAUCCACAAUACGGUGGUAAGAACAUCAAAACAAGUCUGAGAAUUGACGGCAAUCUGUUUGGGCCAUCAGGUGCGAAUGGCGGGAAGAGCCUAGCCAAAUUCAAGCUGCCGUCUCAGCCUGUUGUCUUUGCUCCUGCUGGUAUGACGCAGGUUGCAGUCGAGAAAGAGUACGAUAUUAGUGCCAAAGCACUAUUCCAUAUCCUGUUUGGGGACAAAUCUGCUGUGUUCCAGCUACUCUAUAGGGAGCGAUGGGCAUCACGUGUUGUUCAAGGACCAUGGACAUCGAGCGACAAGACACAUCAACGCAGAGAGUUCGAGUACGAAAUCGCGCAGCCCGGCAAGAAUGGAGCUAUAGUCAUCAAUGACUAUCAAGUUAUCGAGGUACUAAAUGAUCAUCUAUGCUAUGUGGUUUCUGACCGAAAGACGCCCUGGUACCUGCCGGGCAAUGAGCGCUUUGUUCUGUUGAGUAAGACUGUCAUCACCCACGUCUCAAAAGCGCGUUGCAAGCUUGCCAUCUACAUCAAAGUUGAUUGGAAGCGCGAUCCACGCUUUGCCAAAAAGCUUAUUGAGAGACAAGGUCUCCAGGACAUGGAGCUGGAAGCCCAGGAUCUUGUAGACGUUGUCAAUGAUCAAGUUGCAAAGCUCGGCCACAACAGGAAUACAGCAAAAGUGACUGGCAUUUUCGGUCAGGUCGGGGUACAGACACAAGCCGUGCAGCUUGAUGCGCAAGAUAUACCACCACCGAACCGCCCGCGGAAGUUUAAGCUACGUCCCCAGACGACCGGCUCUUUCAUCGCCCAGUUCCUUGGAAACAUCGUCAUAAGUAUCUUUUCGACAGUCAUGAGUUGGAUUCUAGCUGUAAUGGCUGGCCUAGGCAAAGUUCUCUCAGCACACACUAUUCUUGUCACCCUACUACUCAUCAGUGGAGGAGCAAAUUUCUUCUACACUUCAAAGAACAGUUGGGAUUGGUGGAAUGAGCGAAAGGCUGCCGGCUACAUGUCACGGCUAGGAGUUGGCCCAUCCACGACAAUGACGCGAUCAAUCUACAUACAUGACAUUGAAGAAUCGUUCCUCAACAUCAACGACACAAGCCUUGAGCCAUCGGCACCGAUUGUCAGCGGCACAGAUAACAAGUGUCAACAAACAUUUACACACCUCCUACAUGAUCCAUCUUCAACACCUUCUUCUCACUCGCCCAUUAGCCCAUCAACGCGCAGUGUACGUCGACUGCACCGGACGCGUCAGAAUUUGGGAACACAUCGUCACGACCUGCUCGUUGCCUUGCGUGUCGUGAAUCGCAUCGAGAAGGAAGUCGUGGAGGCGGAAUACAAAAAUUGGUUGCUCGAUGAGACACAUAAGUGUAGCAAGGUACGUGCCUUGUUAGAAGAGGCAGGUGGUAAAGGAAAGGAGGAGCAAGUGGAGGCUUGGGUGAAAGGCUACUGUGGCGAUUGUAAGAUGAGCUUGGACAGCAUUGAAAGGGCACAUAAAGGUCUAGCAUGA